UUGUGGGUGUUAUCAGGAGAUCUGAACUUGGAUGAGCUGCCUGAAGCAAGUUUAUCUACAUCUCCGUUUUCAGGAAGACGAAAACCGUUAUUCGAUGGACGUAAUCAAGCUCUCAUCACCAUCAAAGAUACGAGGGAGAUGCAAAAAUGUGAGGGUGCCAAAUUCAAGCAGCGUGUGAAAGCACCUGGCUGUCUUACGAAGGUUAUUGUAAACAGAUUCUGCCACGGCACCUGCCCUUCCUACUUCAUUCCAAGAAUGAACGGGAAGAUGCUGAAGGCCAGGUUCAAAUCCUGUGCCGCAUGCGCUCCCAGAGAUUACGAUGCUAUAGAUGUGACGUUGGAUUGUCCGGGACAAGAUCCACCACAGGUCACAAAGACAAUCAUAAAAGUGAGCUUGUACGCCUACAUGAUGAAUGUAAAGCAUAGAAGAUUUUUAGAUAAAGAGGUGCGAAUGCAUUGA